UCUAAAUAAAUGAGAGGAAGGUUAGGGAAGCUCUAAUCAUCGACCCGGGAGUGAACUCGAACUCGAAGCAGAGGCUGUUCGGAGAGAAUCGCGAUGAGGAAGUGGACGAUCCCGUCCGUGCUGUUGGUUCUGUUCCUCCUUUGCGCGCUUCCGGAUCAAGGAAGGAAGCUGGGCGCAAAUGCGGAGGGUGAAGCGGAUGAGUUGGUCGAUCCCCCAAAGGUCGAGGAGAAGCUCGGUGCAGUUCCAAACGGUCUGUCCACCGAUUCUGAUGUCGCCAAAAGGGAAGCGGAGUCAAUGUCAAAGAGGUCGCUCCGCAGCAAUGCAGAAAAGUUUGAGUUCCAAGCUGAGGUUUCUCGGCUCAUGGACAUCAUUAUCAACUCGCUCUACAGCAACAAGGACAUUUUCCUUAGGGAAAUUAUCUCUAAUGCUUCUGAUGCACUGGACAAAAUACGAUUCCUUUCCCUAACAGACAAGGAGAUAUUGGGAGAGGGUGAUAAUGCUAAGCUUGAGAUCCAGAUUAAAUUAGACAAAGAAAAUAAGAUUCUCUCCAUCCGCGACAGAGGUAUCGGGAUGACAAAAGAGGAUCUGAUCAAGCAUUUGGGAACAAUUGCAAAGUCUGGAACUUCAGCAUUUGUGGAGAAGAUGCAGACAAGUGGAGAUCUCAACCUUAUUGGUCAAUUUGGAGUUGGUUUUUAUUCCGUGUACCUUGUUGCUGACUAUGUCGAAGUCAUCAGCAAACAUAAUGAUGACAAACAGUAUGUUUGGGAAUCAAAGGCUGAUGGGGCAUUUGCAAUUUCUGAAGACACGUGGAAUGAGCCGCUAGGACGUGGAACUGAGAUUAAACUGCAUCUAAGAGAGGAAGCUGCGGAAUACUUGGAAGAGAGCAAAUUGAAGGAUUUAGUGAAGAAGUACUCGGAAUUUAUUAGUUUUCCCAUCUAUUUGUGGGCAAGCAAAGAGGUCGAUGUGGAAGUUCCUGCAGAUGAGGAUGAGUCAAGUGAGGAAGAGGAAUCUUCGGAAAAAAGCUCUUCUGAGGAAGAAGGGGAUGAAGAUGCUGAGAAAACUGACGAUGAGGAUGCGGAGAAAAAGCCAAAGACUAAGAAGGUGACUGAAACUACUUAUGAAUGGGAACUUUUGAAUGAUGUGAAGGCUAUAUGGCUGAGAAAUCCAAAGGAGGUGACUGAGGAGGAAUACACGAAGUUCUAUCACUCUCUAGCGAAGGAUUUCAGUGAUGAGAAACCUUUAGCAUGGAGUCACUUUACUGCUGAAGGUGAUGUUGAGUUCAAGGCAGUUCUCUUUGUGCCGCCUAAGGCGCCUCAUGAUUUGUAUGAAAGUUAUUAUAAUUCCAACAAAUCGAACUUGAAGCUAUAUGUUCGACGGGUAUUCAUUUCUGAUGAAUUUGACGAGCUUUUGCCCAAGUAUCUGAACUUUUUGAAGGUACUUGUUGAUUCUGACACAUUGCCCCUGAAUGUGUCGAGGGAAAUGCUUCAACAACACAGCAGCUUGAAGACAAUUAAGAAGAAACUUAUCAGGAAGGCACUUGAUAUGAUCCGUAAGAUUGCUGAGGAGGACCCGGAGGAUGCUAACAACAAAGACAAGAAAGAUACUGAAAAAUCUGGUGAUGAAGAUGAUGAGAAGAAAGGUCAAUACGCAAAAUUCUGGAAUGAGUUUGGCAAGUCCAUUAAACUCGGUAUAAUUGAAGAUGCCACUAACAGAAACCGGUUGGCUAAGCUCCUCAGAUUUGAGAGUACCAAGUCCGAUGGUCAAUUAACUUCACUGGACCAGUACAUCUCAAGAAUGAAAUCUGGCCAGAAGGAUAUCUUUUAUAUAACAGGAAACAGCAAGGAACAGCUAGAGAAGUCGCCAUUCCUUGAGAGACUCAAGAAGAAAAAUUAUGAGGUUAUUUUAUUCACUGAUCCAGUGGAUGAGUACCUGAUGCAAUACCUAAUGGAUUAUGAAGAUAAGAAAUUCCAGAAUGUGUCCAAGGAGGGUUUGAAACUUGGAAAAGACUCGAAAGAUAAGGACCUCAAGGAGUCUUACAAGGAGCUGACCAAAUGGUGGAAGAGUGCUCUUGCCAGUGACAAUAUUGAUGAUGUGAAGAUAAGCAAUCGUUUGGAUAACACUCCUUGUGUGGUGGUGACUUCAAAAUAUGGAUGGAGUGCAAAUAUGGAAAGGAUCAUGCAGUCACAGACCCUAUCAGAUGCUAGCAAGCAGGCAUACAUGCGUGGAAAGAGGGUGCUUGAGAUUAAUCCAAGACACCCAAUCAUCAAGGAGCUUCGAGAAAGGGUGGUGAAGGACCCUGAGGAUGAGAGCGUAAAGAACACAGCCCAGCUCAUGUACCAAACAGCACUCAUGGAGAGUGGUUUCAUGCUCAGCGACCCAAAGGAUUUUGCUUCACGGAUAUAUGAUUCCGUCAAAUCUGGCCUAAAUAUUAGUCCGGAUGCUGCUGUUGAAGAGGAAGAUGAUGCUGAAGAAGCUGAGACCGAGUCCGAGGAAGCCUCAGCUCCUCCCAAGGACAAGCCUGAUGCUACUGAAGAUGCUGAAACUACCGAAGCCAAGGACGAGUUGUAAAUUCCUAUGGUGAUUUCGGGGAUUUUCUUUUUGGCAGGAUCUUUCCUUAGAUAAAAAAAACAAAGAAGGUUUCUCUAGCGAGUAACCUGAAAUCUGAAGUCACUGCAUUUACAUUCUCUGGGUUCUGAAUGUCCAGGAAGAGAGGGUUAACCAUGUGAGUUGUAGGAUAACUGUAUUGUUUAAGUUUGUCAGGAAUGUUUUUCUUCA